GGGGACUCAUGGCGCUGCGGAGGGCGCUGAGCGCGGCGGGGCGCAGGUUUGGGGCUCCCCGGGGUGGGGGGACUCCAAGAGGGGUGCAGGGACCCCGGUGUAGCGGUAGUGCGUGGGAAGGGGGGCACGUGGAGUGGGGGUGUCCCCUUCUAGCGGGGGUGCCCCCAGUGCCUUUAGGGGGAUGCAUGCCAAAACAGAGGGGUGGAGGGGUGCACGGAGGGGGCUGCACCUUCAAGACGGGCUGUGGGGGGAGAGGGGUGCACCCCUGCACUCUGCUGCCUUCCCCGGGCAUGGUGGGGUGCAGCCUGCACCCCUGGCUUUCGGGGAGGCAGAGGGAAGGGUUUGCACUCAGGGUCCGGUGGGAGCUGUGGGUCCCCUUGGGUCUGUGGGGUGCACAAGGAGGGGUCCGGGGGGGGGUGAAUGUGAAUGGUGGGAUUGGGUAUCCCUGCACCCCCUCUGUCCCAUAUGGGGGGUGUGGAUGGGGGACCCCCCCACCCCUGCACCCCUUCUCCGUGCUGCCUGCCCUGUCCUAGGUGUGCGCAGCGCCUGUGCUCCGCGGCGUGGGGGGACACCAUCUUCGCUGUCUCCUCCGGGCACGGCCGGUGCGGGGUGGCCGUGAUCCGGACCAGCGGCCCCGGCAGCCGCGGCGCCUUGCAGAGCCUCACCGGCCGCCCCGCGCUGCCCCCGCCCCGCGUCCUGGCCCUGCGGCGCAUCCGCGACCCCGCCACCGGAGAGCCCCUCGACCGCGGCCUCGUCGUCUGGUUCCAAGGACCCCAGAGCUUCACCGGGGAGGACUGCGCCGAGCUGCACGUGCACGGCGGGCCGGCGGUGGUGAGCGGGGUGCUGCGGGCGCUGGGGAGCCUGCCCGGGCUGCGUCCCGCCGAGCCCGGGGAGUUCACGCGCCGAGCGUUCCGGCGCGGGAAGCUGGACCUGACGGCGGCCGAGGGGUUGGGGGACCUCAUCCGUGCCGAGACCGAGGCGCAGCGGCGGCAGGCGCUGAGGCAGAUGGAGGGGGAGUUGGGCCGGCUCUACCAGCGCUGGAGCAACACCCUCACCCAGGCUCUCGCCCACCUUGAAGCCUACAUUGACUUCAGCGAGGAUGACAACGUGGAGGAAGAGGUCUUGUCCCAAGUGGAUGCCACUGUGCGGGCGCUGGAGGAGGAGGUCGGUUCCCACCUUCAGGAUGGGCGCCGUGGGGAGCUGCUGCGGGGGGGGGUCCGCGCUGUCAUCGCUGGCCCCCCCAAUGUGGGCAAGAGCAGCCUGCUCAACCUGCUGUGCCAGCGUCCAGCAGCCAUCGUGUCACCGGUGGCAGGGACAACACGGGACGUGGUGGAGGUGGCCCUGAAUGUUGGUGGUUACCCGCUGGUGCUGAGCGACACGGCUGGGCUACGUGAUGCCACUGACCCCGUCGAGCAGGAGGGGGUCAGCCGUGCGCGGGACCGGCUGCGGGAAGCAGACCUGGUGCUGGCUGUGCUGGACGCCGCAGCAGUGCCCACUGAGCCAGCAGGGCUGGGGGCUGCGCUGGGGUCCCUGCAGCCCCCCACCACCACCCCCUGCAUCCUGGUGCUCAACAAGGCUGACCUGCUGAAGGGAAAUGGGGGGUCCCUGCGUGCUGCCUGCGCCCAGGGACACCCCCUGCCCCCCGUCACCCUCCUCUCCUGCAAGACGGGCGAGGGGCUCGACCGUCUCCUGGCACUGCUGGCGCGGGAGCUGGCACGGCUGUGUGGAGACCCCUUGUCGGGGUCGCCCAGCCUGACACAGAGCCGGCACAGCCUCCACCUGCGGCAGUGCGCCGCGGCGCUGGCGCGGUACAGCCGGGAGCGCCGGAGCGACCUGGGGCUGGCAGCCGAGCGGCUGCGGGUGGCGCGGCGGCACCUCGGCAGCAUCACCGGGCAUGUGAGCACCGAGGACGUCCUCGACAUCAUCUUCAGGGACUUCUGUGUUGGCAAGUGAUGGGCACGACAGGGGGGUCACCGGCUGCAGUGUUGAUGACCACGGGCAGGGGAGCUCGUGGCUCCAUGCUGGCAUUAAACCAUGGUGCCUUUUGCGGC